UGUAUGUCAGUUGGUAGGAGUGAUCCUAGAAGAUGGAGGUGCCACGUCGACCAGAAAUGUUUGACUUCCAUGGAGUCUCCAUGCUCAACGUCAUCACUGACAACUGGGACAACAUACAGAACUUCAAAGCAAGACCAGAUGAUAUUCUUAUCUCUACGUACCCUAAAGCAGGAACCACAUGGAUCUCUUACAUCAUAGAUCUUCUGUAUUUUGAGAACAUGGAUCCAGAUCAUCAGACAUCCAUCCCUCUUCAUGAAAGAGUGCCCUUCCUGGAGAUUUCUGUACCUUCUCAACCUUUAGGUACCGAUUUGGCAGACAAGCUUCCCACCACUCCUCGUCUCAUUAAAACUCAUCUACCAGUCCAGUUUGUACCAAAGUCCUUCUGGGAGCAGCGCUGCAGGGUGGUUUAUAUGGCCCGCAAUGCAAAAGACAGUGUAGUGUCCUAUUUCCACUUUAACUGCAUGAACAGUGCCCUGCCAGAACCAGGAGACUGGAGCACAUUUCUGCAGGACUUCAUGGAGGGAAAGAGGGUUUAUGGAUCGUGGUAUGACCAUGUGAACGGCUGGUGGGAGAAGAAGCAAACUUAUUCAGAUUUUCACUACAUGUUCUAUGAAGAUUUGAUUGAGGACUAUGAAAAAGAAAUAGACCGCUGUUCCUUCCUUGGUUUGUCUCCAUCAGCUGAAGAGAAGGAAAGAAUCAGAGCCAGUGUGACAUUUGACAGCAUGAAGCAAAACAAGAUGACCAACUAUUCCACAGCUCGCAAGCUGAACCACGAGGUUUCUCCUUUUAUGAGAAAAGGAAAAGUUGGUGACUGGAAGAACCACUUCACUGUGGCUCAGAAUGAGCAGUUUGAUGAAGACUACAAGAAGAAGAUGAAGAAUCCUGAUUUGAAGUUUCGCUGUGAAAUUCAAAGAGGGGGCUAGAGCUGAGAAGUGAUAUGCAAUUAAAUAGUUAAGAAUAAAUCAAAUAUUAAGCCUGAA